UUUAUUUUUGUGGUAAUGUGUUUAAUGUUCUAUAUUGAAUUUUCACAGGGAGCUCCAGGUGUUUCUGGACCCAAGGGAGAGCGAGGUGAAGGUGGUGCUGUUGGUGCUGCUGGACUUCCCGGACCAAUGGGACCCGUCGGCCCAGCUGGCCCAACCGGAGCUGUUGGAGCCCAAGGUUCUACUGGAGCUCCAGGAAAAGAUGGACAACCCGGACUCCGUGGAGACAGUGGUAGCCCAGGACGACAAGGUAGCCAAGGACCACCAGGUAUGCCAGGACAAGAAGGAGAUAAGGGAGAUGAAGGUUCUCCUGGCCCACAGGGUCUCCAAGGUCUUCCAGGACGACCAGGUGAAUCGGGUCCAUCAGGUAUUUUGGGUAUGCCAGGCCCAGCUGGUGUCCGAGGUCUUCCAGGUGCCCCUGGUAUGUCUGGGGAUUCCGGUAGCCAGGGAGCCCAAGGACCCGCUGGUGAACGUGGACAAGUUGGAGCCCCAGGACCUGCUGGUAUGCCAGGUAUGCAAGGAGAGCGUGGAUCAGCCGUAAGUAGAAUUAUACAUAUUGUCCAAAAUAAUUAA